AUGGCUCAUCGUGAAACUGAGCUGUUGUUCCACAGCGACACUAACACGCCACGAAAUUCUUCCGAGAGCACAACGAUAGAGGUCUAUAAAGAAGAAAAGCGAUUAGGUGCCAACAAUCAGCAUCAAUCGAAUUUAUCCAAGCUUUGGACAUUUUCAAUACUUUCCCUGGCAGUCUAUAGUGUAGUGGUAACUGUCCUUUUGCUACGCGUUGAGCUUGCGUCACGGAGGAUCUCCUGCCAGCCAUGGAGGGCUUCUGACCUAGAAGCUGCCCAUUCUGCUAUCGAUGUUGUCGAGAAGAAGUUCACAACGGGAAUUCGAUCAUUCCAAAAUGGGACCUUGUAUCGCAGUUACGAUCCUAGCGAGCCGACCUUCGUGGGCCCUCCUUCCCCAGAGAUCGAUGCUAAUUGGGACAAUAUCGUCAAUCUAGAUACACAAGCGUUCUACGUCAUGCCUGAGGAGGCUACAUCGCUUCCUGGGCAACCUUACCGGUUCAACAGGUCCGGUGUUUAUGAAGUAGAGUAG